AUGGACCAAGCGACCCGCGGUGCUGCGGCGCUGGCUAGUGGUGAUGCUUCAACUGCAGUCUCUGCUUACACCCAAGCUCUAGUCCAACAUCCGACCUCACCUGACUAUUUCAUUCAGCGUUCGACAGCACUCACAAGACUGAAAGCUCCGCACCAACCGCAACAUGACCUUGCGCUGAGGGAUGCCGAAUAUGCUGUACUACUGGGACAAAAACGUGCUAGAAGAGAGAAGAUCCAAGCAGCACAACAACGACGAGUCAUCGCCUUGUUCGGCCUACAGCAGUAUGGUAAUGCAGCUUUUGUGCUCAGCACAAUGGAGAGAUGGAGGACGAAGGAGAAAAAGGACAAGAUGGAAGGAGAUAUGUGGAAGGCGAAGAUCGACCAGAAGCUGAACACUUUAUCACAAGAUGACCCUGCGAGACUUAUUACUGUGAAAGAGUAUCCGGAUACAGAAUUGCCCAAUGAUUCGGCCAUGAAGAAGUUGCUGCAGUCUCAACUGAAAGCAGAUGGCACGUUCAGAUUUCCAGGAGAAUGUGGAGGAGAAGCUACUGGGGAGACGCAGACAGACAUAGUGGGCGGUGAUCUCACAAAAGAACCUGAUGAUGUCCCAGCAAACGGCAUAAAGGUCGACUGCGAAACAACCGUGUUGAAUGAACCAGCGUCAUCGCCAUCCCAUUCCUCAGCUGCAACCUCGCAGAGCAUGGCCAAGAUUCGGCACGAAUGGUUCCAAAAUGCACAGAAUGUCACUGUCACUCUCUAUGCUAAGGGCGUUCCAAGGGACAAGGCAGAACUCGAGAUCAAUGAGGAUUCCAUAUCUGUCUCGUUUCCCCACCCUUCCAAUCCAACUUCCACCUUUACCUUCACCCUAGACCCACUCUUCGCUCUUAUUGACAUAUCUGGUUCCAAAGCAUCAGUUAUGUCCACCAAGAUCGAAAUUACACUUCGCAAACGAACCCCUGGCCAGAAAUGGAAUGCACUUGAGGGCUCAGUACCCCUUAAAGAAGAGACGACUGCUCACCCACCGGAUUCUGUCGCAAAAGCUGCUAUUCUAUCCACGCUCGCUGAGGAUGCUGUCAAAGCUACCCAGACCGCACCGUCUUAUCCAACGUCUUCACGAUCAGGUCCUAAGAACUGGGACAAACUGGCGGAAGAUCUUACAGCAAAGAAGAAGACAUCACAGAAGCAUAAGAAGAAGGACAAAACGGAGAAAAGUGAUGAAGGAGAGAGCGAGCAUGGACAUGAAGAUGACGAUCUUGACAGUGACUAUGGCGGAGAUCCGGUGGACGGCUUUUUCAAGAAGCUCUAUGCAGGGGCCGAUGACGACACAAGGCGAGCGAUGAUGAAGAGUUACCAGGAAAGCGGCGGGACAGCGCUAAGCACGGACUGGAAGGAUGUGGGAAAGAGGAGAGUUGAGCCAGUGGAGGAGAAAAAGGAUUAG